UGCCGGGACUCCUCUGAAGGCAUCCAGGAAGCGGGGGCAAGAGGGGUUAAAAGACAGCAGAAAUCCCCCAACUGCUCACCCUCUGCCGACCGCCUGUGCUGUGGGGUUCUGAGAGGACCUUGCGCUGUCCUGGGAAGCAAUGCAAGUCUCCAUAGCCUGCACAGAGCACAAUUUGAAGAGUCGAAAUGGUGAGGACCGACUUCUGAGCAAGCAGAGCUCCACCGCCCCCAAUGUGGUGAACGCAGCCCGGGCCAAAUUCCGCACUGUCGCUAUCAUCGCUCGCAGCCUGGGGACCUUCACCCCUCAGCAUCACAUUUCUCUCAAAGAGUCCACCGCGAAGCAGACUGGCAUGAAAUAUAGGAAUCUUGGGAAAUCAGGACUCAGAGUUUCUUGCUUGGGUCUUGGAACAUGGGUGACAUUUGGAGGUCAAAUUUCAGAUGAGGUUGCUGAACGAUUGAUGACGAUUGCCUAUGAAAGUGGAGUGAAUCUCUUCGACACUGCCGAGGUCUAUGCCGCUGGGAAGGCUGAGGUGAUUCUCGGGAACAUCAUCAAGAAGAAAGGCUGGAGGAGAUCCAGCUUGGUCAUCACAACCAAACUCUACUGGGGUGGAAAAGCUGAAACAGAAAGGGGGUUGUCGAGAAAACACAUCAUCGAAGGACUGAAAGGCUCCCUCCAGAGGCUGCAGCUGGAAUACGUGGAUGUGGUCUUUGCAAACCGUCCCGACAGCAACACCCCCAUGGAAGAAAUUGUUCGAGCCAUGACACACGUGAUCAAUCAAGGCAUGGCCAUGUACUGGGGCACCUCCAGGUGGAGCGCAAUGGAGAUCAUGGAAGCCUAUUCCGUCGCACGACAGUUCAACAUGAUCCCACCCGUCUGUGAACAAGCUGAGUACCAUCUUUUCCAGAGAGAGAAGGUGGAGGUCCAGCUGCCAGAGCUCUACCAUAAAAUAGGGGUUGGUGCAAUGACAUGGUCUCCGCUUGCCUGUGGAAUUAUUUCAGGAAAAUACGGAAAUGGGGUGCCAGAAAGUUCUAGAGCAUCACUGAAGUGCUACCAGUGGUUGAAGGAAAGAAUUGUAAGUGAGGAAGGGAGAAAACAGCAAAACAAGCUAAAAGACCUUUCUCCGAUUGCUGAGCGUCUGGGAUGCACACUACCUCAGCUGGCUGUGGCAUGGUGCCUGAGAAACGAGGGUGUGAGCUCUGUGCUCCUGGGAUCAUCCACUCCGGAGCAACUCAUUGAAAACCUCGGUGCCAUUCAGGUCCUCCCUAAGAUGACAUCACAUGUGGUAAAUGAGAUUGACAACAUACUGCGCAACAAGCCCUACAGCAAAAAGGACUAUAGAUCAUAAGGCAAUGCAUGAGCCCCAGAAUCUGCAUGGGUAAAAUCAUGGUGGGUAGGCAGUGCAGAACGACCUUACUAGACACUCUUUCAAUCACUUAGCAGCUUGCUGCUCAACCUCUAGUGUCCCCGGAUUCUCUUGAGGUUUCUGCUGUUGCUACCACUGUGCACCCUGAAUUCUGAACAUGUGAAAAUCCACAACCCAGAAAAAUCCAUUCUAUUUUCUUAUCUUGGACCGGUCCCUAUCCUUGCACUGCUCUGUGCACCUCAUGCUUCUGCAAUGGAGAGAAUAUUGGGAUAAGGGAAUCUAUUCUCUUCAGACAUUCAUAACUUAAAGAAGGCUGUACAUAUAUAUUUUUGUUUCAAAAGAGCAAAACUCACAGAACAGAAACUGCGUGAGCUGCAUAGGAAACAGGAUAUCCUCGCUCUUAUAGUCUUGCUUGGGAGAAUAAACAGAACUAAUUUACUUAUUUUUUCCAUAUUUCAUAUUCACAUUAGCAAGUUUUAAGUUACCUAGCUACCAUUCAACACUAAAAUUUCUAGGUAUUUACUUUCACUAUCUCUGAAGUUAUUUGUUGUGCUUGGCCCUGUACAAUUUAUCUGGAGUACCCGUUAGGAUUCUAACAUGUCUAUUUGCAUAUAGAGGCAUAAAAGUAUGAAUACCCCAAUCUUUACUAGAUAUAUAAUGGCUAAUUUAUAAAAGGGUUACAAUGCUAUGGAAACAGCUUUGAAUAAAAUGUUGUGUUCAUUUUUUACAAUUUA